CCCUCUCCCUAGGCGCGUGAACCUGGAUGAACUCUCAGCCGAGGGUGCCUGAGAGGAGGAGGAGGAAGGCGGAAGAAAGGGAUGGCCGGGGCCGUGUGCGCCUGCGCGGGAGCGGUGCAUGCUGGGCGCGGCCGGCCAGCCUCUCGCCCCGCCCCGCCCCGCCCGCGCUCCUUUUCUUCCCGCGGUGACUUUGCACUUACCGGGCGUGUUGCUGCCGCCGCCGCCGCCAGGAUGGUCGGGGUGAAGGUGAUCGCCAACGACGCGGACUUCCAGAGCGAGCUCAGCGCCGCCGGCUCCCGGCUAGUCGUGGCCAAGUUCACCAUGAGGGGGUGAGUAGGCAGGGCCCCUUCGGGGACCCUUCGCGCGUUCACACGAGCGGACACGCACACGUGUACGGCUCCCUCUCUGAGGGAAAGGGGGGGCUCUCCUCCCCCCCCAGCCCCUCACAAGGGGACGGGAAAGGCGUUAUCCCCAUUGUAUCACCACGUUCAGGUUUUAGUUUAACGCAGAGCUGUGUGGGUCCGAGGUUGUGCCUGUUUAUGGGAUGUUAUUUGGAUGGGGGGGGGUGUUGUUGUUGCUGCUGGCUUUCUGUAGCUUUAUUUUAGGUUUCCCUGCGAUUCCUGUAGGAAAUUGCUCGGUUCGGUUUCGCAUUUAAAAAAAACAACUUACAACGUAGCAAAAGUAGCCAGAAACAAAAAAGUAACUAUGUAUUUUCUUCGUUUUAAGCCGCCUUGAGCAUGGUUUGAUGGAGGCAUACAAAUAAAUGUGUAGGCAUGUAUUUGUUUUAUUUGUUUUGUAAGGUGUGUACACAGCUUGAUUAAAAAACAAAAUUUCAAAGCGGUUUACGAGAAAGAUAAGACGUUAAAACCCAGGGAAUUAUUUUUUAACAACAUACAAAAGUUAAAACACUGAAAUAAAUAACAGUUAAUUUGACUUUCUAAGCUUGCUCAUUCAUAUUAUUUAAAAGGCAAAUAUGUUAACCAGUUGUGAUGAAUUCAGUGACAUGGGCAGCUAACAUGCCUCCCCCUGGGAUCUGAAGCAAAAUUGUCUGAGGCUAUAUACUGUAUAUGGUUCCUUUUUCUUUGCAUAGCAAAUGAUUUCUUUUCCUAAGCACACAAAUCUUAUACGUAAGGCCCAUUCAGGUCAGUGGGACUUACUCAUAGGUAAGUUAGUCACAAAGUUGCAGCAGGAGGGUGUGAUAGUAGAGAAAGCAUAUUAUCCAUUACAAACGGUGAGAAUAGAUCUUGAGGUAGGGGGAGAUGUACUUCAUGGUUGUUGUUUGCGCUGUUUUGUUUUGUGACUAGGUGCACCAACUGGAGCUAAGUGCGAAAUAGUGGCUGGGAACGGCAUAACAUAGUUUUAACAUUAAGGCUCAAAGUGCCUUUCAGUGCAUGUUCAGUCCAGUAAUUCAUUUUAUUUCCAGAAGUCUCAUUGCAAACAAGUUCAUUGCUAGUUCUCCUGUUGACCAUAUAUUGGGAGGACAGUUCUCUCUUGCCCACUUUCCUGACAAAAUCUGAAGUGAACAAGAAGCCAUUGAUAUAUUCUGAUUUUUGUGUGGGUCUGAUUUCACUAGUCUCGCCAAUUAUCACACUUCUUUAAUUUUUAAUUCACUUUGUAAAAGAACAUAAUGAAGCAACAGGUUCAGAAGCAGGAAGAAGCCCUAUUGAAUAUGGUGUUCAUAAUGCCAGCAUCAACAGGUGAGAGUUCUGUGGGAUAGUCCUCACAACUUGAACCCUUUUCAGGUCUGCUUCACACAUUACAGAAUUUCUGUUAGGAACAGUAUGCAGCCUGCCUUUACAUAGUCACUGUUAGCUCAUGUGUUGCAAGCACAUGCACGUGUAGGAAGCUUGCCACCAUCACAGCUGAGUUGUGUGACAGCAAGUAAGCAGCAUGUAGUUUCCUGUGCAAAACCAAAGUUUUGUGGCAUGACCCAGAUAGGGAGCAGUUGGGGAUGAAGGGAGAGGGAACAGCUUUUCAAAGCUGCCUACCCCAAUAAGCACAUAGUUGAAAUGGUAUUCACUGUCAUUGUUUUAUUUACUCUGCCUUUUAGGGCAAGCCCUCCCAAGCCCUAUAGCAAUAAAAAUGCAGCCAUUGAACAAACAGCAUAAAGCAGACAAAACAAUCUCUGGGGGUCCAGCAAUAAAAUCAGUACAAAGACUUGGCAGAAUUUUUAAAAAGACCUUCUGGUUUGCUUAAAGCCUGCAAGAGGGAGGGCUAAGCUGUGCUUUUGGGUGACAGGAUUUCCACAAAGUGAUAUCUUUACAUCUGCUGGGCUCUGCUUCAGAGUUCUAGCCUGAGCUGCUGUUUCUCUGUAGAGUCGUCAUCAUUCCCCAGAUUCGUUAUUACUUUGUCUUUCUCUGGGAACUAAACCCACACCCUCAUUUGGGUUUCAGUGAUAUCUUGUGACUAAUUGCUGUACUUCCUGCUUUGGAAAAGAAUGCUCCUUUUGCAGUGAGUAGGAGAUAUUCUGUAGGUGAAAUCCUGGAUUCAUAUUCUGGUUUGAGAGAAAAUUGCAGUACGCCUCACGGUAAACCAUAGUUAUCACUAACUUGGAAAGUGGAGAAAUAAGGAGUAUAUAUGCACAAGGUUUGGAGGAGGACCAUGUGUGUUUGUAGGAGUUCCCAGUUGCUAAACUACAGUUUGGCAAUUAGAAAUAAGACACUUGAAUAGAUCUGAUUCAUUAAGUUGGUGUGAUGGUAUAGAACAGUACACAGUCCAAAGUUGUCAGUUUGGUUGGGAUUAUAACAUCACACAGGGUAGUCUAAGGACUGGGAAAUGUUCUUUGACAUGGGAAAACUAAGUGAAAAGGGAACGCAAACAAGUAUGGUCCUGAGGAAACAAGGAAUGAAGGCGCUGUAAAGGAUGCGGGUGGUGCUGUGGGUUAAACCACAGAGCCUAGGGCUUGCCAAUCAGAAUGUCGGCGGUUCAAAUCCGCUCGACGGGGUGAGCUCCUGUUUCUCAGUCCCUGCUCCUGCCAAGCUAGCAGUUCAAAAGCACGUCAAAGUGCAAGUAGAUAAAUAGGUAGCGCUCUGGCGGGAAGGUAAACAGCGUUUCCGUGCGCUGCUCUGGUUCGCCAGAAGUGGCUUAGUCAUGCUGGCCACAUGACCCGGAAGCUGUACGCUGGCUCUUACAGCCAGUAAAGCGAGAUGAGCGUCGAAACCCCAGAGUCGUCUGUGACUGGAUCUAACAGUCAGGGGUCCCUUUACCUUUUAAAGGACUUGAAACAAAACAUCACAUGUGACCCAUCAACAGAAGUGGGAUCCGCUGUACGUUACAAAGAAGGAGCAUAUGGGCAAUUGGUUUGCCACUCUAGACCUUUUCAUGGCAAUUUGGGCAGUUGUGGUUUCUGCUAUUGUUGCAACUAGAGCCAAUCAGCAUUGACAUGCGUGAGUUAGAGAAAGGUUCACUUGUUUAUUUAAACCAGCCAACCAACUGUUGGGUUGCAGAUUUCUAGUUAUUCAUUUAAUGUUUGUUCAUUUGCUGGCAGUCUGUGUAACAGGCAGAAGGGAAUAGCAGGUAUUACUGGGUGGAUCAGUCAGGGUGGGGCAACUUCAGUAGGACCCGAAGAAAUAAUAUCACAACUAGUAUGUCAACUGUCACUGGUACUGGAUGUAUUUCUAAACAGCUGAAGACGGUAGCCCUGUAAUAAGUUUUGGAAAGUUGUAAGGUGCCACGUGCUUGCACCUAAUCUUAACUGCGAUUGAACCUGAUCAGAACUCAUUUGGUACCAGCUUUUGCCAUGUUGCAUGAGAACAAACUAACCAGCAAUAGUACUGGUUAGCUGAGCAUUAUUGGCCAUGUGAGAGAGCUAAUUCUUUCAGUUUUAAAAAUUAGUAAGGUGGACUGAAAGGAUGGCUAAACUGGUAGCUAGGGUCUGAAUUUGCCUCGUGCUGGUACUUUUCUAUAUUCACUAGAUUUUGAUUGGACUUGUAGAAAUAUUAUUUUGCUGCCCCACAUUUCAUCUUGAAAUUAUUGGAGGUAUCUGUUGGCUUCUAAUCAGUUUUUAAAUGAAAAUAGGAUAGAGCUACUAGUGAGAUGGUCACCUGCUAUUUGACGAUAUUAGGCCACAGUCAGAUUUUGUAAGGAGCCAAGAAGAUGGUGGUACCCAGCUUCCUUCGCUGAAUCAUCAUAUCCUCUGAUAGUGAAGGUAUGGAGGAAGGAUUGCCCUUUCUCCCUACCAUAGCCAUGGUGUCUUGUGUGACAAUUUUUGAUGAUUUCUCAUGGAGGCUAUCUCUUGGGGUCGUCAACAAGAUCCAAGAUGAACUUUUGUAUCUCUUGACAGUUGCUUAUGUUAGCUACAUCAUAAUACCUUGGCCUUCAUAAUGGUUAACUGUAUUAAAGUACUUGGCCAUUAUUCGAUGGUGAUUGUCUGGUUAAAUAACAACAACAGCAACAAUUUAUUAUUUAUACCCCGCCCGUCUGACUGGGUUUCCCCAGCCACUCUAGGUGGCUUACAGCACACAAGAAAUUGUAAAACAUCAGACAUUAAAAAUUUCCCAAUGCAGAAUUACCUUCAGCUGACUUUGGUUUUUUUGUCAGAUGUCUAACCCUCCACUGAAAUAUGCUAUCUUGUUUUUCACUGGGACCCGUUCUGUUGUGACUACAGGAAUAGAUUUCCAUUUUAAUCAGUAUAGUUCUGCCCUCCCUGAUUCCACUAUGUAAAUAAGUGCCAACUCACAGAAUACUUCUGUCUUGCCUACAAUAAGUUCUAGAGGGAGAAGCCAGAAUUGUGAUCAAGCCCUGUAAAGAUAGAGAAUUUGUCCUAAAUCCCCUUAUUAACUGAUGUGAAGUUUUCAGAGCUGUCUCUUUGGUUAUGCCCUUUUGCAGUAUUGAACUGUUGUGAUUGGUAAUUUUCUGUAGCAAAGUCAUUUUCUCUGCAGUCACCUUUUACAGUGGAAAAUCAGUAGGACAUCAUUGGUGUCAUCCACUGGCAGAGAAACUGUUGACAAACAUACUGAAUAUGGCUAAGCUUAUUAUCCUGACCUACAGAGGUCUGUAUAGUAGAGAGACCUAGUAGUUUGGGGUAAUUGAAAUUCUCUAAUGCUGCUAGCAAUAAGCUUUAAACACAGACGUAAGUGCUAGUUAUAACCAAAUUGCCCCUUUCCCAAAUAAUGGUUUGGAUACUUGAGCAGAGAGUAUGUCAUUGUAAAUAAGGAAUGAAAGGUGGGGAAGCAAUGAGAAGUGAUGGUGCUGGAUUGCUUUUUCUGCUGAUGGGAGAACAUAUUUUGCUCAAGCUGUGUUUUCCAUAGAAUUCUCUUCCCAUGCCGGUCAGUUUGAUAAGAGGCCUUUGGGACAGACUGAGGUAUUUCAAGGUCAGUGUAAUUGUGCAUUUUGCUGAGAUGCUUUGUUGAUGGAUGGUUUCAUUUUUAAUAUUAUGACUAUGUAUUUUUACUAUUAUUGUAUUUUUACAUAGCCUGUAACUAUACGGGGUGAAUAGAUGAAGAGCAGAUUCAAAGUUGAUUAAGCAAUAAACAAAUAAAAUUGUGUUCUUGUCUAAUUACUGAAGCUGCUUGUGAUGUUUUUCUUGCACUACUUUUGCCUUUCUCCCUCCUUGUAAUGGAUAGAUUAGAACAUAGUCAUGUUUCUUUGCUGACUUCAGGGGAGAGGGAAAUUACAAUUUUUCUCUUUUUUUUAGUCAGGCUCUGCACAGUUGUUUGUAUUCAGGAAUGUGAAGUAGGAACAUAAAAUAUUGGAAUGGUGUGUAUGGAUCCCCCACCUUGGCAGCUGCCAGCAUAAAAAUAAUUUCCCUUACUCUUGAGUUAUCAACGUAUUGAUUAGGGUCUGGGGAGACCAGAAGCAAUACAAGUCUUUUGCACUCUUUCUGCUUUCCUCUGAAGGAGGGCGGAAGAUGAGCUAUCCACUCUUCCCUCCCGCUGAAUUCUCUGUGCAAAUCGAAUGACUUUGGGAGGACAGGGAGGGAAUUGGUGCCAUUCACAAAUAAUGGAUUGCUCAGUUAAGUGGAGCCAAAAUCUGCGGCUCCUUGACACUGGAAAUGUGAACCUAGCAUGGAGAGAAGUAUUUAAUAAUCAGAAAUCAGAAAUGCUGUGUUGGUGUUAGUGUGUGUGCAAAGUGGGCCACAGAAAUAUUUGUAUGUGGGGUGUGUGAGAGAGAAGAUGCAAAUUGUCACAACUCCUUUCCUAUGCUUGCUUUUGUAAGUCUUGGAAUGAGGCAAAAGGUGCUGUGUUGUACUCUCCAGAGAGCAAUGUAUUUUAAUAAGCAAGAAUUAUUACAUCACUAGAAAGCUGGAUGUUUACUUACAGCUUGGGGAGUAUUCUUUAUGAGAACCAUUAAGUUCUCAUGGUUUUCUAGUUACCUAUAGUCCCCGAGCACCGUGGAGUACACAAAUUAUGAGAUGUGUUUCUAAUGCCAAGCUUUGAGUCAGUUUUCUACGAAAGGGUGAUCACUGUGGGAUUGCAAUUGAGUAUAAAAGGAUUUUGCUUUACAUAGGCUAACCUGUAUGCUUUCAUUAUGCAUUUUGCUGAGAAAUGAUGAUGUAGUCAAGUUGACUUGAAAAAGUGUCGGAUAUCAAUCCCCUCGGUCUGAAGCUAGAUGUUUUGGCGAUUGCAUGCAACCAGUGCCAAAAGCAGAAGCCCUGCAUCUCCUCUAGGGCUGGGCGAUAUAGCAAUAGUCCAUAUCGUGGUAUCGGUUUCAUAAUUUUUGACUUGGCAAUAUAGCACAAAUCAUGAUGUGUGUGUGUAUGCUAUGCAAAAAUCACAAUGUGGGAAAAACUGUGAAGCCAGCCAAUGCCUCUACAUAGCUCCAUCCUUAUUUCAGACGUUGUAAUAUAUCAGUAUAUUGCAAUGUUUAGCUGGUGAUAUAUCACAGAGUUGAAAACCAGAUAUCUCCCAGCCCUAAUCUCCUUCCCUGUAACAUCUAAUAAGCUAAAACACAUGUUGUGACUUAGGGUGGCAAUGAAACUUACAAUGCUGCAGCCAAAGAAAAUGGGAGAGAAGGCUAGGUGCAUAAUGGUGAUUUAUUUUACACCCCACUUUCCUUCAGCAGAGCUUGAUGGAUUUCACUUCAUACUACUGGAAGGAAGAAGAGAUGACAGUGUGAGGGUUGCUGUUCUCAGUACCAGCCGCACAAUCUCUGUUAUCCUUAGCUGUAGUGGUUCUAGGGGUUGCUCGUGCGUAAGCCGGUGCAAACACCUGGCUGGGUUGCCUGAGUGAACCUUUUCUGUCCGGACAGCCACUCACCCGUGGCUGUCUCAAUCGCUGGCAGAAUCCGUCAGUGGGCGUUUCUUAAACUUCUUCCAGCAAAGAAGCUCUUUGACGCCUAGUCUCCUCCCACUCUCUCUGCGUGAAAGCCCUCUGCGCAAGGAGGGCAGGGGCAACGGAGGACGCCUACUCUCCCUGCUGGUCCCAGGCAAGGAGUCAUGGGACCGCCUCGCCGCUUCCCCCAUCUGCCCCCCUUCUCCACUGGUGCUACGCUGAUUCUCUUCCCCAGAAGAUGGGCUGCCUUUCCCAAUCCCGGGACGUUCUCUGGAAUCCCUCUGGAUUUUGCUCUCUCCCUCCGGCACUGAUGGCAGUUCCCUGACAUUAGCUUUAGCCUACUUUACCAUGUGAAUCCCAAGGGGGCUGCAGUUACCUAAGUGGACAUACUGAUGUGUGUUGUCCUUUUCUUCCCCCUGACAGAUGUGGCCCAUGUUUAAGGAUAGCCCCUGCUUUCAACGCUCUGAGCAAUAAAUAUCCCCAAGCGACAUUUUUAGAAGUUGAUGUGCAUCAAUGCCAGGUGAGUAGUGUUUGUGUAUGUGUGCAUGAGCAUGUGUCAGUGAACAAGAUUUAACUCCUACAGGUGUAUUUUUUUUGAUAUGUGGGAUAUAAAUGCAGUCCAGAAAUAAAAUAAAUAUUUAAAACAUUUUUUCUAGAAGCCUGUUGACAAUCAGUGGGCACACCUACCUCAGAGGAGGAAUAGGCUGUAGAUUGUCCUCUAAAAGGCAAGAUUGGCAUUUAUCAGGAGGGGAAUGCCAUGUAAAUGUGUAAGGGUUAAGUUUUAUAAGCCUACUGCUUCUCAUGUUAUUAUUGGCAAGAAUUUGAGUUAUGUGUUGGUAGAGUUCAGGUUUGCUGCUGUGGGUGGAGGUACAUUCAGCUGUAGACAGAUCUAUCCAUGAUAACCAUUCUAAUUCAGUGGUUCAAAACAAGCAAGCUGUCGUGUGAUGGAUGCAAUGAUCCCAUGGUAAAUUGGGUCAUUUAAAUUUUAUUUUUUUAUUUGAAUGUUGUGGUUACAUUUAUCUGUAGUCUACCAGUUUGCCUAUACCAGUGUCUGAAUCAAAUAUUGGCCAGAUAUAAUGAACGUUCGGGGCUUUCUCCUAACUCUCAUGAUUUCUCCACUGAGAUGCAGAGGUGACAUAAAACUCCAAUCAAAUAUUAUUCAGAUUGUAUUGCCAAAUUUGGAAAAACCUUUUGUAAUACAGAGUUGACAGAGCUGGAUCCAGAAGGGACCCUCAAACUGCGAAGCUGCUCGUUCAGGGGGAGUGCAAUCCCACCCAGGGCAGGCAAUUGACCAAUUUCUCAGGCUACUUACCCACAGUAGGGGUAUUGCCAGGAUUCAAGCUUGUGCUGCCUCUCCUAAUUCAGAUCUUUUUAGAGUACGACACAAAUCUUAAAUAAUCAAUAUUUCGAGGGUUAGGAAUAGAAAGUUCUGCUGAGGUGACAUUUUAUGAUGUGUGACUUGCAGUGGAUAGAAAGGUUCAAUUCAGCUGGCCUUUUGAGUGACUCCGCUUCAACCCUCUGCAAGCAACGCUACGUUUUUCAGCUGUUAACUUGAAGCCUGGUAGCAUUUAAUGUCAAAUUCUGGUUUCCUAGUGUUGUAUAAUUUGGCUACUUGGAACGUAUUUGGUUUGUUCUUUCUGAUAUAGACGUUAAAUUCAUCCAAUAAAAGGCUUUUUAAUUAUGCAGAAGUAUUGUUGGCAUUUAACAAUGCAAGUUGUACCGUAAGGCUUACAUUAUUAAAUUUAAGCCAUUAAAAAGCUGUUGUUCAUUCGCUCUUUUAUGAACAGUAUCUUGGGUACAUAGUAUUAGGAGUCUUAUCCUUAUUCUCAGUAUAGUUAUAAAACUUUGGAAAAUAUCAUUUGGUGGAGUUUAAUCUUGGGUGGUUUUAACUUAGUGCACAGAGUCUAAAGAAACUUGCGAGUGGUCUUUGAAGCAAAAUUUUAAAAAAGAAUGUGGCAAUACAGUGUUCUUUCCCUAGUUGUGCAGGAGAAAGCUGGCUGUAAUAGUCCUUGGCUAAGGCUUAAGCAGGGACGCGGGUGGCACUGUGGGUAAAACCUCAGUGCCUAGGACUUGCUGAUCGUAAGGUCGGCAGUUCGAAUCCCCGGGGCGGGGUGAGCUCCCGUCGUUCGGUCCCAGCUCCUGCCCACCUAUCGGUUCGAAAGCACCCUUAAGUGCAAGUAGAUAAAUAGGUACCGCUUUAUAGCGGGAAGGUAAACGGCGUUUCCAUGUGCUGCGCUGGUGCUGGCUCGCCAGUUGCAGCUUCGUCACGCUGGCCACGUGACCCGGAAGUGUCUUCGGACGGCGCCAGCUCCCGGCCUCUUGAGCGAGAUGAGCGCGCAACCCUAGAGUCGGUCACGACUGGCCCGUAUGGGCAGGGGUACCUUUACCUUUUAAGGCUUAAGCCUGUAUCUCAUCUCAUGUGCGAAAACAAGAUUACAUAUAUAGGAAUUCUGGCCACAUCUAAAAGUGCAUGGAAAGAUAGUAAUAGGAUCAUAAUUCGCUUCACUUUUGUGAGGGGAAGACUUUCAGAGAGCUUUUAAGUCUCGUCUUUGUCUUUCAACAGUGGAUAUGUGACUCCUGCCUGUCAACUUUUUCACAGUGCUUUCAAAACUGCUGCAAAAUUUGACACUUGGCCAGUUCAGAUGUAAACUACGUGGCUUAAUAAAUCAUGGCUUAUUAAGAAUUAGUGUUUCCCUUUGCUCCUCCCUUGCACAUCAUCUUCAUUGUUCCUAUCAGGGAUUAUUAAAUUGAGAUCAUUAUGUCUGAACCAGCCCAAUGGCUCAAUUCAGGCACCAUGCCUAACGAUGGCGUGAUUUUACAAAUAAUAUACAACAGGCAAACAGUGCUUUAGCAUGUGCAGAAGUGCUCUAUCACGCACGUGCAGUAGCGGCGCCCUACCUACGAACUUUUUGGGGUGCGAACGGCACCCUGAAACUGAUCACGUUCUGUAGAGGUACCACUGUAUUAAAAAGUCAUCAUGAACACCUUUUUCUCUGUUGGAGAACAACAUAGAAAAUCAUAUUUCCAGUUAGCACUAUUUUUGCAUGUAAGCAGCAAACAUGCUGAUAAUGAUGUUUAUGUGGGUGACCUAGGAUGAUUGGUACUCUUUUGUUCAUUAAAUACUAAAAUCUUGCUACACAUUGCUAACCAUUGACUUCUCAAAUACUAGGGAACAGCUGCAACCAAUAAUAUAUCGGCAACCCCAACGUUUCUUUUCUUCCGGAGCAAAGUGCGCAUCGACCAGUAUCAAGGUGCUGACGCUGCUGGAUUGGAAGAGAAAAUCAAACAGCACCUAGAAAAUGAUCCUGGAAAUAAUGAGGAUACCGAUAUUCCAAAAGGAUAUGUAUGUAUAUUUUAUCUGGAUACUAUUCUAGUGGAUUAUUAUCUGCACAGUAUUAAAAGAUUUGCAUUUGAAAGGACCCAGAGGAUCAGGAUGGAGCUUCGAGGCAGGUGCAAAAGCUCUUCGCAUGAUCUGGGACUUCUAAGGGUACCCUUUCCACUGCAGUCCCUCCUUGCUCUUCUCCUCCCCUUAAAUAAUGCCUUUGAAAGUUAGAACUUCAUCUCCAUCAUGGGCAGCUUCUGUUGCAUCAGGAGGGAGAGAGAGAUACAGAAUGUAUUGAUGCAUUUGAAAGUUAAGAGUACUUUUUGAAUCCUGGCCCAGAUUAUAGAAUUUUGAAUUUCUCUCUUUCUCCACCCCUUCUCUCCCUCCCUCUCUCUCUCUCUCUCACUCACACACAUAUACUCAAACACAAACACACCGAGCUCUCUUUCUGUUACUGCUCUUACUGCACAUGCAAAGUCUUUAUAGCUGGUGCUCACAACAGGCCUCUUGUCUAGCAGCUGUGGAAAGGGGAAAUUUUAUGUUGGGGAUUAUUAGGAAGAGGAUUGAAAAUAAAACUGGUGAUAACAUAAUACCUUUAUAUGAACAUAUGGUGCGUAUGCAGAACUGCAUACAGUUCCGGUAGCCAAACAGGUUAUUGAAGACCUGGAAAAUGUUCAGAAAAUGGUACUAAAAUGUGUAAUGUUGCUUGGUGUUUAGGGAGCACAUAACCCUCAAAGUACAAAUCCCCUUUCAGGUGAUUUUUUAAAAACCCCCACAUUCUCCUGGUUAUGGAUUCUGCCCUGAAGAGCUGGGAACAGUUUUUCCCAAGGCACAGGAAAAACAAAAGUGGUCAAAUCCACAGCAAGUCCACAUAGCUAUUGGAAUCAGCCAAAAUGUCUUAAAUCAUGUGCAGGUGUUUUGAGUUCUCUAGAACUUUUAAUUGGGGCAGGAUCCUACACUAAGCAGUGGAGUGGAGGGGAGCUUUAAAAUCUUUUAGUCCAGAUCUUGAAGUCUUGAGACCAGAAUUUCUAAACAUCUUUUUGUCAAACACCACCUUCAAGGUUUUGCCUUUACUUAAGAGAAGAUAGCUGUCAGCAGAUGGUGUUUUUUUUAAAAAAUAAAAUCUUUCCUUGUUGAGGUUUUACCUUGGGGCUCCUGAAUGUUGCAAAUCAGGGCUUGUCUGACAGCUGGAGUGACACGUACAUGUAAAUGAGAACCUUAAUGUGACAAAACACUCAACUGGAGCUGUCAUCUUCAUGACAGUUUCUGAGCAUCAUUUGAUAUAAUAUUCCUCUUAAAAGGGGUCAGCUUUUGCAUCCUGCCCAAAAUAUUAAUACAACCCCUGACAGAGUACAGUGUUUAAUAUUUCAGCCAAGUUGCCAGCGCAGCUAAUAGUUCAGUAGCUCAAUAAAAGCACACCCAGCUGCUGCAGUGCCGUGAUGGUUUGUUUUCCAAAUUAGCAAAUGCAAUCCAUUAGACUUUGCUGGGAAACUGUAUGUGCUAACCUAGAAUUAUGUUAAAUGCAAGAAUGCAUCUCUUUUUGAGAUGUUAAGUACUUUAAAUUCACAGCUAAAUAGACGCAAUCCCUGCUACCCAGUUUACCUUUUCAGCUGAAUCUUUUUCCUGUAAAUAACCCCCGUGAAUAUAGGCCACUUGCAUUUUCACUAGUUCAGAUUUACAAAUGUUGUCUGUACCGCUGUGUUCAUUGCGUCUAGUGUGAAUGCAAAUAGUUAAGCAAAUAGUUAAAUGUAAUAAGCAGUUGUAGCAGCUUUGGCUUCCAACGAGGCAUGCAGUUCCAUCUUUUGAUGUGGCAUUUGCUUCUAAAGCUUUUCAAAACCGUCCUGAAGGACACAAAAGUGAAGGAUUGCAGAAUUAUACUUGGACUGUCUUUUCAAUUAGGUAAAUAGAUUUUCCCUCCUUUGGUGUUUCUCUUUGUUUUUGUUAUUUCAAGUGUUCUGUUUCUAAACUGCCAUCUUGCCAAAGCACUCAUCGUAAUUUACGACACGAAGCAACAACAUACAGAAGCCUUUUCCAACCAGGUGCCGGCCAGGUGUUUUGGGCUACAACUCCCAUCCCAGCCAGCAUGGCCAAUGGUCAGGAAUGGUUGGAGUCGUCCAAAAUAUGUGGAGGGCACCAGGUUUGGGAUAAGGGAUGAGAAAAUAGGCGGGUAGGAAAGAGAAGGGAUGAUCAGUCUGUAUGGAAAAAUAAGUGCUGCUUGGGUUUUGCAUGUUUAUCCCCCUGUAAAUGUCUUAUAAAUGUAUAGCCCAGCCAGGUGAUCAUUGUCACUAUCUCUUACUUCUAGAUGGAUUUGAUGCCAUUCAUUAAUAAAGCUGGCUGUGAAUGCCUUAAUGAAAGUGAUGAACACGGGUUUGAUAACUGUUUACGUAAAGACUCUACCUUCCUGGAAUCAGACUGCGACGAACAGGUAUUUUGCCUUCCAGAGAAUAUUGCAUUAUACUAUCAAAAGGAGAAAGGUGUUCUUUUGGCUAGAAUAAUACUCCCAUUUUUAUGCAUGUUUAAAAUAAUUCAUCUGGGGGUCUACGUUCGUGGUGACCAUCUGGGAAAGAGUAGCAUUCUAAAUUCAUGUGCAGUAAUGCUGUGGGUCAAUGCAUUUGAGAUCCCUCUUAUAUAUUUUUUUCUUUUGCUCUCUUCACAGCUGCUUAUUACGGUAGCUUUUAAUCAGCCUGUCAAGCUUUAUUCUAUGAAGUUUCAAGGGCCUGAUAAUGGUGAGUAAAAAGAUUUCCUCUUUCAAGAGAAGCCAUCUAUGCAUGCAGCUGCUGUUGAUUUUAAAAAUACGAAGCACAAGACACAGGUUCCUUGCCUGUGGCCCUGUUCUCUUGCUCCUAAGUCUUAAAGUCUGUACCUGACCAUCAAGCACAUUGCCGCCAUACCAUCAAGUUUCUGCAAAUGCACCACCGGCAGUGCAGAACUUUGCAAAACAAACUGGCUACUCCAGUUUUGAGACCACUGGUAUAUUUCCAAGAAUCUGCAUUUACGAAAUUAUGUGUUGUGUCACUUUUGUCAGGUGACAUGUCAGCAUAGCUACCUUUUGGUAUCAUUGUUCUGAAGACCGUGGUUGCUAAUAAUGAUAAUUUCUGUUGCACCUGUUUUAGUUGGGUGUGGUACAUAUAUUGAAAUGAAGGCAUGAGCUCUUCCCUGAAAAGGCUAGGGACACACUCCUCAGCAAUAAGAAUGGAGUCUUGGCAAGUCCAGUUAACUUUUUUCCCAGCUGAGGUUGGAAUUGUGCUAUGUGUAGUCACUUUAAUGCUUUAGCCUGCUAAGGGUGAACUUUUGAAUGCUCCCCAUAACAUGUAAAAGCCAUACAGCCUGUAGCAACCUUCUCCAGCUCCCAUCAUCCCUGACCAUUGACCAUGGUGGCUUGGGCUGAUGGGAAUUGAAAGUCCUACAACUUCUGGAGACUGGAGAAGCCUGGUCAGUAGUGUUAAGUGCAGCCCUUACUAACUAAGUAAAGUUAUACAAUUUAAGUGAGUGAGGUGCUUGCUUCUGAUAGAAGGUUCUUUGCCUCGGGGUGCAGAUUGGACAUCAUAAUUUGCCUGUCUCUUUUCUUCUGAAUCUACAUAAUUUUCGUACACAGAACAACUUUAAAAUACUGUCAAGUAUAUAAGAUCAUGUUUUGAGGGUUUUUAAAAGAGUCAGUGGCAUUUUUUUUUAAAUCACAGGUCAAGGUCCAAAGUAUAUAAAAGUGUUUAUCAACCUCCCUCGAUCAAUGGAUUUUGAAGAGGCAGAAAGAAGCGAACCCACUCAGGCCCUGGAGUUAACGCCAGAUGAUAUCAAAGAAGACAGUAUUAUCCAACUCCGCUAUGUAAAGUUUCAGAAUGUUAACAGUGUAACUGUGAGUAUAAACCUUCAAAUUCGUUCCUGGUUAACAGAAUCCUGUGACAUUACAAAAGGCCGACUCCAAAGCAUGGUAGAUCCGCCAAUAACUUUUGCCACUUCCACCAUAGUUUCAAUGCAGUGAAGCCCAGCUAUGUUUUUUCCCCCUUGCCUCUUAGAUACAGCAACUGGUAGGGAUGGGAGCCUGGAAUAUUCAGGCUUGCCAGACCCAGCUCCUGUCAAGCUUGAGAGAGAGGAGAGCAAAGCAAAGUGAAGAUGGGUCUGGGCAGACAAAAUCACUCUUUUGCAAGCAGCAGCAAAAAUCCCUUUUGUUUCGUAGACUAGUAAGAAAACCUGAUCCAGUCCCAUACAAUCUAUUUUCACCUGUUGUUUCCAAGAGGCUUAUUUGAAGGUCUAGCUUUUUACCUUGAUAUCUACUUGUUACUUUGACUUGAUUGUAUUAAUACAGUGGUCCUCGUUUUAUAAACCUAAUCCAUUCCUGAAGUCCGUUCUUAAACCAAAUCCAUUCUUAAACCAAGGCGCGCUUUCCCUAAUGAGGCCUCCCACCGCCGGUUCCCUUCCACUGUUCGGCUUCUGUUCGUAGACCGAGGCAAAGUUUGCAAACCAGAACACUACUUCCAGUUUUUCAGAGUUCGUAAACCGAAUACAGUAGUUCAUAAACAAGACUGUUCGUAAACCGAGGUACCACUGUACUCAUCACUAGUUCCCCCAAUACCCUCCCCCAAACUCUUAUUUGGCCCUUCAACAGAGGUUGGGAAGGAGGCAGGGAUCUCCUUUAUUUGCACUGAGGGUUUCAGGAGGUCAGGAUCGGCAGGAUUCUUCUCACGCUUACUUUUUUCGAACCUCAGUGCAAAUGUAGGCUCAGAGGACGGAUUGCUUACUAGUUGGGCAUCCUUCUCACCAGAUGGCCAAGGGCACUUGACCCCAGCAAGCUUAGAAGUGGAUUUGGUGAAUAGUAGUGUAACUCACUCUUCUGGCCAGAAGGUGGUGACAUCCUCUAACUGCCUGGUUCAAGCUCCACCGUGGACUUGAAUCCUAUAAUUUAGUUAAUACAACCCAAACAUUUUCCAUUAACAAAAUGGGGUAACAAAAAGGGGUAGACUAGUCAGCCCUGUCCCAUGUUCCCUUCCCUUUGCUUUUCCCUGAACUUCAAAUGAGUUGACUAUUUUGUGGGCUAUUGGAUCCUCCACAUCAUGUAACUCAGUACUGAUCUUUUCCAUUUCAGUUAUUUGUCCAGUCCAAUCAAGGUGAUGAGGAAACGACGAGAAUUUCAUAUUUCACAUUUAUUGGAACACCAGUCCAAGCAACAAACAUGAAUGAUUUUAAGCGGGUAUGUUCAAAUCUGUCUUUUAAAUUGGAGACUGGAUUUCAGUUUUUAAAAGCUGCAAGGGAGAGUGUUAGCUGAACAGCUCCCCAUAAUUGUGAGUUCUGACUCUUCAAAGGUCUUCCAUUCCCACUACAACCGAUGUAGCCUUUUCGCUUUAAAAAAAAUGAAGAGUGAAAUUUGUCUUGGAUAUUCUGCCUUUGAUUUUUAUGAAGUGUCCAAAGAAUGCACGGUGGCUUUAAAACGUUUGCAGAGCCAAAUGACCUCUUAAGCCAGGGUUUUCCAGAAUUGAUUGCUUUAUCUCCAAGAGGCCAGAGUUAAGAGGAGAGGGAGAAGACACCUGUGGCAUCUAGCCUACUUUUCUAUGGUUGUGAAUAUGGAACCAUGUUCAGAAAAAUACGAAAACCAACAGAAAACAUAUGUCUUCAUGCAUAAUGUUAUUCUGCCUCCAAUUAUGUAAUGGCAGAAUAUAAGAAGCUCUGCUGGACAGUAGCAAUAGAGUGUAUAAAAAGUCAGCAACACAACUGGAAGGAUAAGAGAAAUUGUGAUUCAUGUUAGUCCUUUGAUUUUUAGACGCCCUGCUUAGGUACUCUAUAGUUUCUGAGCCUUUCCCAACCUGGUGUUUUCCAGAUGUUUUCAACUAGACCUUCCACCACCCCUGACCAUUGGCCAUGCCUCAUGGGUCUGGUGGGAGUUAUAGAUCAAAGCCUUUAUAGGACACUAUAUUGAGGAGGCUGCUAUAAAGGGUAGCAGUCUGUUUCUCCCCCAGAUUCUUAGCUUGUGCUGCAAACCCACGGAUGUGAUAAAUAAUACUGGGCUGACAACAAGUGUGUCAACUACCUAAAAGGCAAUGUUGCAAGGCAGAGGCCUCACCUUGUUAAUCAAUUAGCCUAUACCAGAUGUGGAGAACCUUUGGGCUUCCAAAUGCUUCUGAACUAGAACUCCUUCCAGCCCCAGCAAGCAUGGCCCAGUGCUGUAGUUGAGCAACAUCUGGAGGGCCAAAGAUUCCCCACGCCCACUCUGCAUAGUGCAAUUUAAAUGAGGCUUUUGAAAGGAAACAAGAUGUGAUAGGGGCAUUUUUGGGAAUCCCUGACUUAAGAAGUGCAUUUCAAUAUUGCAAAUGUGCAUGGUAUUUUGUAUGCAGACAUGUUUGGAGCGAAGGAAACUCUUUUUCACAGAAAACUUGAUCAUUUGUCUCAAGUGAUCAAGGUUGACUUGAGUUGCUGUGCAUUGCCCACAAAAAAACUUCUUAACUGUUUGUGGUGUGUUUUAGUCUUCAUGUUUGUCUGCCCGGUAAAUUUUCUAUACUCCAUGUCAGGACCAUUGAAAGAGCUUUUUCAGAGACUGGGCAAAAGUAGGAGAAAUGUGUUGGCAUUAGGUGUUCUGGGUACUGUAAGACAGAGCACAAUAAUAGAAUAGAAGAGCUUUGGUAGCCAGUAGGAGAACAGAUACAAUGGAAAGCAGGGCUCCUGUACUUUUCAUAGGUGUGUGGAAGUAAUAGAUUUUAUUGGAUGUAGCUUGCCAUGCAAGAGAAAGAAAACCUGCACCUACUAAAAUUAUUACUUCUAUGUAUCCUAAAAGGCAAGAGCCUUUGUCCUUAUGACAGUAGAGUUAUCUGUCUGAUCACUAACAGUGCAAUUCUAUAUGUGUCCACUCACAACAUCCUGUAGAUUUCAAUUCAGGAGAACUGUAUAGGACUGCACCCUAAAUCGUUGUAGUGAAAAAUAAUAUAUAUUGCUUAUCUAAACUGUGGUUUUUAUGUGCACAUACUGAGAUAAAUUGGGGUGUUAAUGGUUCAUUAUUAAAUAAACAAUACUGAAUAUUUAAAGUUAAGUUUUGCAAGUUACUCCAGAGUUUAAAGGCAGGGAUGGAACUAAAUCCGGAUUUUUAAAAGAGGUACAUUCCUUUUUAGCGACUUAAGUUAAAUGUGCAUUGGAAAAGAAGGGGCUGCUGCUGCUUCUGCAAAGUGUUGCCCAGCAUUCUUCCAUGGAAAACUCAUUUCUCUAGACAAGCCUGUCUUACUGGAUGAGCUAGCUUGCCUGGAGUGUUCCUGGUGUGGCCCCCUCACCUUGCUUCAGCAGUUGUAGCAUCUGUGUCUCUGAGGAUGGAGGCCUGAUGCUAUUGCUGAGAAGAUAAACCUAGCAGAGAAGUAUCUGUCGUUAUUGGUGCUGUGAUGGUGGAAGAGGAGCUGAGAGAGCUCUCUGAAUCGGAAGUGGUGACUAACAACUGAGGAAUACUCCUGGGAAUGGUGACUAGAUGAGAAGCCAUUGGAGGCCAGACAGAGCCAUCAGGCUGUCAUUUUUCCCUCCAGCCGUAGAGAUACGCAACACUAUGAUAUAGCUUAGCAUCUAUACGUAGAAGAUCUGAAUUGCCUCCAAAGGUCCAGAGCAAAAGCUUGGCUACAUGGCAUGCAUGAAAAGUCGGGACAGGGAACAUCAGACCCAGGGGUCAUUUUGUGGCUCUCCACAUCAUUCUGUGUUCAACUUGAGAAUGGGGCACCUUGGAAAAUGCAAGACCAGCUUUAUCGUAUCAAUAACGUAAUGGAAGGACUUUGACUUACAGAUGUAUUCAGAAUAGCAAGGAAAACUGAUACUUUAUACUGAUACUUUAUUCCUCCUCCCCAUAGAGGAUUGUGAGUUCUAUAACUUCUCCAAACUUAUGCCCCCCUCAAAAUAGCUUCCCUUGCUAAUAUCUCUUAAGGUCCUAACAUCUCCCUUCUUGCUUUAAUUGGAAUGUAGAGUAGACUAAAAGGCAUCUGAAAGUAUGACUUAAAUUACACUGCCUGAAGUAACACCUAAGGGCUUUCAUUUUUAUUGUUGUAAGUUCUUCCAUUGCUACCAUAGUAUUAAGUGAAGUCUGGGAAUGCUUUGCUUGCUGCAUGUGUUGCUCAAACUUUGCAGGCUUAAAAUGCAGAGACGUGCGCGGGAAGACAAAGAGAGGGAGAGCAAUCUUUGCUGCUUAGGUCAGAGUAAGGCUUGGCAUGACCUUUUUCGUUUGCAUAGAUUUCAUUGCUAAUUCGAAAUGUCAGAUGUUGGGUUAAGUCCAUAUGGGGGGGGCAAUAGAGCUCCUGCCACUCCCUUUAGCUUGGAGGACAUCCCGGGUGUGCAAUCGCAUGAGAUACGCAGCCAGCUUUUCUGUGGCAUGGCGCUUCCAUCCCUUCCUGUUCACUUCCUACGGAUUUUCCUUUGCUUCAUUGUAACGCUCUGUUUCAUUACUUUUCAGCAUUUCCCUGGCCCAAAGAAAUAAAAAUGCAGAAGAUUUCUGUUUCUUAAACGGUCUUUCCUCACACCGCCCCUUUCCCCUGCUCCUUCCGCUCAUCUAGCAUCUGCCUUCUCCUUUCCAUCGCUUGGGGCACCAUCACAUCCUGCUCUGCGACGGUUUUCCUGGGUCUCUUUGCUUUUUUUUAUCCCUCUUUCUCAUGGACUUCUUUUUGUUUUUAAUAUACCAUUUUUUAAAUAUAUAUAUAAAAAUCUUCUUUUGCACACUGUUUUUGUCCUGCCCACCCCAAAAAAACCAUCUCAUUCUGUUAUUAGAUGCUUCAGAAAUUCACCUGAAAGCACAUUAUUUGCACCUGUGCAUCUUUGCAUUCUGUAUUCACUGUGAGUAAUGGAGUUCGAAGAGGUCUGCUGUGUUCUCAACUGCAACUCUGGUCUGGGUGACCUGUGGCUAAAGUUUUCCUGAUAGGGAUUUUUUUCCAGCUCCUGCACUUGCCUUGAAGACUCUUCAAGGCAAGGAGGUUUUUCAGUCUCUCAAGGUUGAGCUGCCCUCUAAUAACUUACAUGAAGCUGCCUCAAACAGAAUCACCAUGGGGCCUUCUUAGGCCAGUGUUGGUUGUCCACUCUUGCACCAGCUCUCUGAGAUAAUCGUGCAGAGAAGAUCCUGGCACUGAAACGGCGAUGCUACGUGUUAACCGUGUGCUCUGUCACAUGUGUCAUGGGCUCCCUCCAAGGCAACCUGUGCCCUACAUCCCUGUAAUCUGGACCCAUGGUUCAAUCCGCUGAGAGCCAGUUUUGCAACCGUGUGUUUUGAAAUACGAUGCAGCAGCUGGUGUGAAAACUGAACGGGAUGGUCCAUCUUAGGGUUCACACUGCCACUUCAAAAAUGAUUGAGCAAUUUAGAUCUUAUCUGUGGUGGACACAUUCAAGUGAAGUAAUGAAAAAUGAGGUGGUAUCUCGGCUAGAGUACAGCAGUGGUGAAUGCUGCCUUAUCAAUGCUGCCUUCUUAAUCUAAUGAGGAAGAGUGAGCCCAUUUCCUUGUUGAAAGAAUCCUGCAUUGUACAUCCCCGUAUUCUUCUGCCAUUCGUCAUCUGGAAAUGCAUUGCGUUCUGUGGCAUGAGGACAGUAUACGGCUAAAAGAUGUAUUGUAGCAAAAUUGGGCAGGGUUAUAGGGCAUAGGGCAUAAAUCUGCCCACUUUUGAGUGUACAGCCAGUGUACAAGUUAAUCCUUAACCGAAUAAAGCAGUCAAGGGACCUCAAGUCACCCACCUGAGUGAAAUCUGCCCCUUAUGGAGAAUGAAUUUUUAUGUGAAGUACACAGAUAAUAAGAAGCAGAAAGUGUGCCAGGAAUAAUGAAGUAUUUCAAGAGGCGUUGCUCUGUUGUGUUUGAAUUACCUUAUUAGUCUCAUGGUUGGAAAUUGUUGGUGUAAAGUUGGGGGUUAUAAAUAUGCUAACGAAACGUCAAUAUCAAAAAUAUUUAAUUUUUCAGGUAAUACACAUGGGGCACUUGAGCAUUUGAGCAUUUCCCCCUCUGAAUGGUAUAGAUGCAUACAAUUAUUAUUUUUUAAUGGUUGCUCCACCUCUGCUAACAUUAUAAUUGUCUAAUUUCUGGGUGUACCUGCUUAAUCCAAACCUGUAGCGCAAUGCUUUAAGCGCUACCGAAGAAUAAACAUUUCUCUCUCGCCUUUCUUGGAUUUAGUUUGCCUGUUUAUAACAUGCUUAAUUAAAUCUUAAUUUGGUUGGUUGUGCGUGUUUUUUCACUCAGUGUUGUUUUGUGAGAUAAUAAUUCUACAUUGGCCUCUGCAUUUGAGAAUCAAUUAUCUGCAUGUCACUAUGUAGAACAAUCCUUAUCCCGCAAGGGUAGGCUAGCCUUAAGUUCCACCCCCUUGAAAGGGUGGAGCCAUCAUGACUUAAAGUGUGACUUCCCAUAGUAUUGACCAGCCUUCCCCAACUUGAUGCCCUCCAUAUAUUUUGGACUAUAACUUCCAUCAGCCCUUGCCAUCGUCCCAUCAUCAUCUUGAUGACUAGAACUGGUGGGAGUUGGGGUCCACCACAUCUGGAGGGCACCAGCUUGGGGAAGGGUGCUCUUGACCAUGAGCUGAGAUCCUUGAUAUCACUGGUGGCUUAUAGAUGUUGCACUUGAGAGUCUAUCAUCAUCAUCUGAACUAUCUGAACUGUGUGCUAUUUUUUAAAAAAGAAGAAGAAAGAAAAUGCCUUCUUAAAUGCACAAUACUGUAUGCUAAGUGAGACCUGUAGAAUUAAUAUAAGCAGCACACCUGCCAAGGAGUUGCUAGCAUCCCUCUCAGCCAAACACAAGAAUGUUUACUAUGGGAUAGAUCUGAAACAGUUUAUUUUCUCUUCCUCAGUCUGAUCUGCUGAAACAGUCGGCAGCAAUAAAAAGUCCACAUGUAUUUUGUCACUAACAUGAUGACCAAGGACUGUAUCUUAUGUUCCCUUCCAGUGCAAGGGCUCUUUUGCAACAGCACUUCACUGGUUCAAAACAUUUUGCCCGUGGAACAAGUCGUGCCUCUAAAUGGCUUUAACUUAGCACUACAUUUGAUACAACCCCAAGGGUUCGUACUUUGCUUACACAGAAACCUGUUACUUGCUUUCAAAUGUAAUUUUGUUGCCCUUGCCACACAAAAAAGAAAAUGGAUUUAUAGGUAGACCGCAUACCAAAUGGAAGGCAUGUCUGCUUAGUUUGCAUUGUGAUACUAAGACCUUGCAGAACUUACUGAUUUAAGUGAAAUUUCUUUCCAAUGCGUAACCUCCUAACAAUGCGUACUCAGAAGUAACUCGACAUUAUUUCAAUAGGGUUUACUGCCUGUAAGUAUGCUUAAGCUUAAGGGCAGAGAAACUGAUUCUGUUCCUCUCUGAGCUGCUGCAUUCCUGCGUUCCCAGGAGGAAGCCUUGGGGCGUCAAACCACUGUAUGUGCCACCAGUAGGAAAUGCUGUGAAAGUUAGGAGGUGCCUUGUGAGUUUGCACACUGGUAAUGACAGCGUAUGCUGUUCCGGCCAUUUUCACGCCAGAUCCCACCCUGCUGCCUUAGAAUUCAGUGCACAGAGACCCCAUCAUUCCAGAAAUCUAGUCAAUAUUGACAAGUUGCCUCUCCCUGCAGUGGGCGUGUUGCAUACUUGACAGAUUUAUUUCUGGUGGGCCAGCUCAGGUAGACCCGACACAGCAAUACCUUUACAUCAUAGCUUACUCAGCCUACUCUGGGCUCCAUGACAUUAUAGGACAUUUAGAGAUAGUGGUUUAGCUGUAAGCAUCUGAACGUGGACACAAGUAGGCAAGUUUCUUGGAUGGCCCCCCCUACCCUAGGUAGUUCAACUUUGGUAUGAACAUGUGGGGAUUGUAUUGCAGUCAGUAUUUGAAUAAGACCUUGCUUUAUUGGCUGAGUGCAUACUAAAAGUUACCCCAUUUGAUCCUCUGAUCAUUUUAUUACUGGCUAAAUUUGGUUUGCAAGAGGCACUGGGAACUGGCGGCGCUCCAGAUGUUGGCUCAUCAGCCCCAGCCAGUCAAGGGUGGCGAAAGUUGCAAUCUAGCAAGAACUAGAGGGCCAGAAGUUCCCUGUCGCUGGUUUACAAGAUCCCUCUCCCACUGGCGCUAGAAUGCAUGUUGGGGAGUCUCUAGAAGACUUGCUCUUUGGAAUCCGUUCCCCUUUUUAUUUGCCUAAGUUCUAACUCCACUUUUCUCUUUUCUCAGGUCGUAGGCAAGAAAGGAGAGAGCCACUAAAGUAUGAAGAAAAUGCUGGGAAGGGCCUUAUUUACAAUCAACAUGGGAUCUUCACAUUUAUUUCUAGCUCCUGGGAAAUUGCUUGACCAUAGCCAGAGAGACUGUCAGUCUGUUCCACUAUAAUACCAUUACAAAUAAAUCACUGCAUUUUUGUUAAUACAGGAUUUCACUAAAAAGUGUUUUCUGUUGUAAUCUUGGGUCAUAAAUUUGUAAAUAAAAUCCAUUAAUUUUGCCAAGUUGUUUAGUGCAAGAUUUGCUGUGUUACUUUGAAGGUGGAAACUGGACUCGGGCCUCCUCUAAUUUAAAUAUAUAUCUUUUGCCGAAAAUGUUUAAAUAACCCUUCAUUUUCCCAGUCUCUGUUUUUAGAGAUGGUUUUUAUUCCAAGCGAUUGAGGCAUAUUGGUUCGUCUGAAUUCUCGGCACACUUCCGUAGAUCUUUGUCAACUGUCUGUCAAAGUAGCUUGCUUUGAAAACAGGGGACUUCAGGGUGUGGGACCAAUGCCCCUUUGACCCCUUUCCAAGGUGAACUGCCAACAAAUCCCAUUGGCACAAGGGCUUCUCUGCAGGUGGCAAUUCCAAGGCUAGGUGGCCACGGAUUUGGCUGAGGGGUUUCCAGUUGCCGACCCUUAUCAGGUUUAAUAAUAGAUGCAUUUGUCCCGGUUCUUGUAUUGAACUGUAUGUGUUCAUUGAAAAAGACCUGAAGGAUCUCUAACAUGUUUUACACAAAGACUGGGUUUGCUGCUGCUCUUAUCUCUUAGCUUAUGCAAAGCUCUCUGGCUGUGGCCUCUUCCUCAGAGGAGUUUCCUAUCUCCUUGUUUGCCGAUAAAUUGUAGUGGCUUUCCUGAAUUUGUAGCAAUCUUCAGAUCAAAUCAUGUCUACUGUCCCUCUCAACUGGUGUUAUUCAGAGACCCUUGUGUGGUUCUGCUACAUGAGAGCAAGAGGUAUUGGUGGCUCUUUCUAUGCCGGGGUUGGGUUGGGGGGGGUGUCCUCAAAUCAGAUGGAUGGCAUGCCAGAAACAUCACUAGUGCUCAGAACUUCUAUGGUGAUUCCUUUUUUGUGAACCGUCCUUGGCCAAGGGAGUUCCAAUACAGUUCCAGUUUCUCAUGCUUUGUAGCAAAUUUGAAUCUAGAUCUCAAAACGAGCAGAUCCUGGAGCAAGGUUUUGCAUAGUUAUGCCCCAUACCUACCCGCUGUAUUGCCUCAUAGUGAGGUAAGAUGCACAGGGCAAUAACCAACAUUGCAUGAGCACACUUGCUUUUCUCUUUCUGCAACUUCCCAUUCCUGCCACCUGCUCCAAAAGCUCCCCCAACCCUCUGGAACAGAUUUUGGAGGUACAUAGGGAAUUAGCUCUGCUGUUGGGAGAGGCACAGUUGGAUUUCACCCAUAGUAUGAAUGUGGAGGCUGAAUAGCUUUGUGUUCUGUCUGAGGCUAGUUUUGCAGAGUCUUCUUUCAGUUUUGCUACCUUCCCCCCAAAUCUGACCUCUCUGGGAGAAGGUGAUGAUCAAAUAUUUCUAAUAACGGCACAUUAGGAGUCAUGCUUCCCCCACCCAAUGUUUUUAAUAAACUUUUAGUGAAUUCGCUUUAUCUCUCUAGAAUUUCAUAUAGAGAAAUAUUCAAAGCAGAUAGUUAUCUUUAUUGAGGGAUGAGUGUCUAGGCUUGAUUGUUUUAAGCCUCUUUUAUAAAUCUCCUUGGCACAGCUCCCCAUAAAGAUUUUAUAAAUUGUGCAUUGACCGGCACCAUGCCCAUAUGAGGUUGGUUUCUAAGUCACAGUAAGUUUUAACAAAAAGGUUUUAAUUGGAAUAAUUACUCUGUUGACUUAAAUUGGUUGCAUUUUCUCUGUACAAUAAAUCCCAAUAAGAAUUUAAAUCCUACCGUAAUUAGUAUUCUGUAAUUUCUAUUUUCCUUUUUUUGUUAAAUACUGCAGGCAUUUUUGUCCUGCCUUGGCAGAUUUAGGUAUUAAUACUUAACUUAAUUCUUGUGCAUAAAAGUUGGACACAAUCCACUAGAAAUGUUUCCUGCAAAAAAGCCCUUUUGGAAAAUGGUUGGGACUUAGCUAAAUUGCAGGUGAAGUUGUUUUGCUUACACACUUCCAAGACAUUUUCAACAAGCGAGAUCUGGAAUGCAUGUUGCAUUGUGGAGUGUUGCUGAUUAGCGUUCCAACCAGCUAUGCCCCUUCCAGGCUAUAUCAUUCCAUUACCCUUCCCCACAUUGUUCUCCCCUCAAUUAUCAGCAUUCAGCUCCCACUAAGCCAUAUUUAGGGGACUGAGGCUUCCAACCCUUUAGGUUUUUAUAGAGUUUUUUGUACAUCUGCAAACCUUUGGAUUCCUCCAAGCCUGUUGCUGCCUCUUUCAUGUGUGAAUGAUGCCAUUUGGACUGCAGAAGGAGCCACAUCCAGAUAAUGAGUUUAAUAGUGGUAUAUAGGUUGGAGUUUUCCCUGUGUGAUAACUCCUGUGAUGCUAGUGGUCUAGCUACUCUGCAUCACAGUGUACCACAAGUGGUGUGAAAAGGGAGAGCUGUGGCAUAGACCUGGUCCUGUGCUCCUUUGUUAAGAACAUAGGACUCUGUAGCCCUCCAUCUUGCAGGGCCACCGGUUCCCCAUCCCUAAUACAGGAAGAGCCCUCUUGGAUUGGACCAAAGAGCCAUAGAGUCCAACAUACUUUUCCCAAUAGCAACUAGCCAGAUGUUUCUGGGAGCAUACAAGCAGGGUUAGAAGGCAAUGCCACCCCUGGAGAAAGCAACAGCUGGGAAGUGAAAGACAACGCCAUAUAUGGACAGAAGGAAUCUCCAUGGAUAUAACAGUUCUCAGGUGCAGGGCAGAAUAAAGAUACUGGGGUACCUUGGUUCUCGAACUUAAUCCGUUCUGGGAGUCCGUUUGACUCCCGAAACAGUUGGAAAACCAAGGCACGGCUUCCGAUUGGCUGCAGGAGCUUCCUGCACUCAAGUGGAAGCCACAUUGGACGUGUGGCUUCUGAAAAACAUUCGCAAACCAGAACACUUCUAGGUUAGCAGCGUUCGGAAGCCGAUUUGUUCGACAGCUAAGCUGUUCAAGAACCAAGGUACCAUUGUAAUAGUUUGAGUUCUUCACUUGAAGCUUUAUAAAUUUAUAUAUUGUAACAUCACGAAUGGAAAUAAUAAUUACAUAGCUGUUGAUUAAGGGGUGAUUAUUAUAACUGAAACGUAACUGACGUUUAUUAAGAUUAUGGAAUGCAGUGUUAUAAGAUCAGAAGUGCACCCAAACCAUCAUGCAGGGAGCCACUUUAACUAAAAUGUAUUAAUUAGAAGUUGAUUGGCACUUUGAUAAUUGUAUAAUUUGGGGAUUAAUUGUUAUUUGUUAUAAUUUGGCUAUUAUUGGAAAACUAAUAAAAAUGUUUUUUUUAAAAAAAGGAAGGCAAUGCCACCCCUUUUACUUUCUCAGCAUCUGGUAUUCAGAAGUCCGUCUUGUGUCACAGCUAAUAAACCUAUCCAAGCCAGUGGCAAUUGCUAUGCUUGGAGCAAUAAACUGCAUGGCUUGGUUCUGUGCUAUGUGAAGAGUAGCUUCCUUUACUCUGUCCAGGAUGUAAUUGUAUUGGGUGGUCCUAAACCUCUGCCCUGUCUCUUUAGUCAUUGUGCUUAGAAGGGUAUCUUUACAUUGGUAAAUAUAUAUUUCUGAUAUAAUGAUGGCAAUGUAAAUGACUGUUCCUGAACCUACCUAUAACUUUAUACCGCUAACUUUCUUUUUGGGUUAUUGUUGAAGUGCCUCAUCUUAAGUAUUGCUGACCUCAUAUUUAUACCUGGAAAGAUUUGUUAACAUGGCAAUUUCCCCCCUCUUUGAACGAGACGUGUGUGAUUUUAUAUGGUCUGAUGCUCUCUUGUGACUUGUUCCUGUUCCCAUCCAUGUUUUAAUGACUGUUAAUCCUGCUGAAUCAACAGGACUUUCUGUAAUAAAUCAGUUAAUAUGAAAUGUGUUAAAACAAACGCUUCAUACCUCUAUAGUGAAAUCUUGAUGGGGGAGAAGUGUCACACCUGAGUGAAGUUGUUAACUUGUUAACAGUAUAUUCUGGAUAAAGACAGCAGGUGAUGGAUUUUGUGGUAAGAAAAUAAAUCUUGAACAAGUUA